AUGUCACCGGGCUCUGAUUUGGUCCCAGAGUUCAUGGAUGCUGGCUUUGGUAAUGAUAUUGAGCCUUUGCUCAGGAACCACACAUCAACUGUUGAGGCUUCACCGACCCCAUCGACAGCAUCUCUCUGGGACGAAACGUACCAUAUCCAGGCUAGCCUCAUUCGCUCAAUCACCUUGGUCAUGUCCACAGAGCCAGCGUCGCCUCGCCCCAAUGCUGAAGGCUUCAUUGUACUCGAACAGGAGCGCAACGAUUCUGGCUUCGAAGAUUCUGGCGUUGACGGCUCCGAUACAGACAAACUUGACACGGCUGAAGAAUAG